CAGUAAGCUGCGGGCGUGUAACUUUACGAAACGUGUCCAGCCGUAACUUUGGUCGCGACAAAAUCUACCAUUAUCUGUGUUGCAGCAGACUUAAACACGAGCUCUUCUUACUUGCACUUCACUGAAUUGCUCUCCCUUCAUUGCGUUACUCGAGGUUGGCUAUUACUGACGAUUGAUUCAGUCUCUCAUAAAUGUCUGAGGAUGAUGAUCGCGCCGCGAAGACCGCAAGGGCAAAGGCUUUGCUCAACAAGCAACGUCGGAAAAAGGUUGCUGGUAGCGGCGCGUUAGCAAGUCCACCACCGUCAAGGUCGUUUACUCCUACUCUCCAGGAGUCCGCACCCUCCACGGAGGACACCAAGAAUGAUGUUGCUGACCUAUUCACACCAGCAGAUUCAGACGCGAACUGGAUCGAAUCUCUAUCUAGAGCGAACGUGCCGCACUCGACAGUUUCCAAUGCUCUGUCAACAAAUGCGCCUACUUCAUCUGGGCAAGCUGAGUCGUUGCAGUCUCAGGUGACAUCCCUGCAGUCAACAAUAGCUUCUGUUCAAAGUGAGAACAGUAGCUUGCGGAGUUCGCUAAGUCGCCUAGAAGCACUCGAGGCAGGCACUAAAGCUCAGCUAAAGAAGCUCGAAGAAGAAAAGAGCAAACUUAAGCUUCAGCUUGAUCAGGAACAGCAGCGUGCUCAAGAUACGUCAAGAAGUGCAGAUGUGGUGGUCCAAGAGAAGCGGUCAUUGGAAGACAAGCACCGCUCAAGUCAGGCAGAGAUUCAACGAUUGAAGUCCCAGGCUGAUGAGCUUCGCCGGAGUCAUGCAAAGGAACUUGAUGAUCACCGUCGCAUAUCGAAUUUGCACAAGGAAGAGGCCGAGAAGCUUUCAAACCAGCUCGACGCAGCACGCGUGGAAAUCCAAGACUGUCACUAUAAAGAGAUGGAGCUCACUAAACGUCGGAACGAGCAGGAUGAAAACCACCAGCAGACCAUUUCCCUCCUUGUUUCAGAAAAGACAUCAUUGCUGGAUUCAGUUGCCCGUCUGGAGGAGCUUGAGAUGGAGACUCAAGAGAAAGGUGGAUUGCUCCAGGCUGAACGCGAAAAAUCGCAGUCGCUCGAUGAACGCGUCAAAGACCUGGAGAGCAGUUCCUCUAAGCUCGACAUGCAGCUACAAGAGGCCCUGAUACGAGAAAGAGAUCUAGCUGAAAAGUCGCGAGAUCAAGAAAGAGAACUACAGCUUCUCAAUGCUUCUUUGGAGGAAGUGAAGUCUGGAUCCGAACAGCAUCAACAACGUGUUCGUGAACUCGAGGAGCAAAUAGAAAGUGAUGAUCGUGCUGAACGGCUGGAGGAGUCACUCAAGAACACUCAGGAUCGCGCUGAAGAGCUCGAGUUUCACCUCUCUAAGCUCAAACAGUAGACUCUUGCGAGCGCGAGACACGAGAAGGAUGAAUUACAAUCUCAGCUUCAAUUGCGGACUGAUAGUGAAACGGAGUGGAAGGCUAAGCACGCAAGUCUCGAAGAGCAACACUCAUCCCUCCAAGAACGUAUCCACUCUGCCAGCCAAGAUCGUGAAGCGUUACUCGAAGAGCGCGCGUCACUCCAG